AUGCGGCGAUCGCAGCGUUGCCACGACACUCUCGACGGCGUUGGUGGCUCCCAACGACAGCAGCGCUUCCAGCACCAGGUCGACUGGCUCCUUGCCGUUCUUGAGCAUGACGUACUGCGCGUGCGCACUUUUGUCCGUCGCCAUGCGCAAAAGCUCGUUGAUGUUCUGCACCUCGUGCGCCGCUGCAAGUUGGCAGCGCCACAGCUGGUUGAACGGCAUCCGGAACUUGGAGGCCAACUUCUCUGCCUUCUUGCCCAUGUCCAGGCGGUACAGCAUGAACACGGUGUGGACCAGGCUCCUGCCUACCAACCCCGCUUUGGCAAGUUCCGGAGACGAUCGUUCCAGCGCCGCCUGCGCCGUGAGCAGUUCGCGCUGCUGCGAUAUGCAGUCUUUCCAGAGCCCAGCCGUUUCCACAACUCCGGCGUUGCGGUUGCUCUUGGACGCAAUGACGGCUCUGAAGAAAUCGGAAGAGUACUUUAA